AUGGCUUCAAGUACUCAGGGGCCUUCUAUUCCUGUUAACAAUCCUAAUGAGAGCAUUGGUACAACUACCCCUGCAACUGUCGAGAGCAUAGCUACAGCUACAGUGACAUCUACACCAUCUCGGGUUGAAGUUUCAAAGCCUCCUAAAGCUUCUGGUAAGAAGCAAUCAUAUUGUUGGCAACAUUUUUCUAAGCGUCUUGAUCUUAAGCCACCUAAAGUUGAGUGCAAGCAUUGUAAGCAGAGGUUCUCAUGGGGUAAAGACGCUUCAGGGGGUUCUAACACUUAUGGAACAACAAACAUGAACAACCAUAUAAAGAAAAUAAAGUGUCCUCAAUUCACUCCACCUGGACAGCAACAAUUGACCUUUCAAAUAAGUGAUGAUGGUGAGACUCAUUCUGUUGUGACUCACUCGUUUGACCAAGAUGCAUGUAGAGCAUCCCUUACCAGAAUGAUCAUCAAAUGCGAAUUACCUUUUAUUCUUGUACAACGGGAAGGCUUCCAAGAAUUUUUUCAUCAACUAGAACCUAGGUUUGAAGUUCCUUCUCGUUAUACUGAAGCUAGAGAUUGCAUGAAGAUGUAUUUGAGUGAAUACCACAGAUUGAAGGCUGAAUUUAAAAAGUAUGGAAGACGGUUCAGUCUCACCACUGAUACGUGGAGUUCAGUUACAAACAUGAGCUACAUGGUGUUGACAGGGCAUUAUAUUGAUGAAAAUUGGGUGUUACAGAAGAAGAUAUUGAAUUUAUGUCCAGUUACGGAUCAUACUGGCCUGGAAUUGGGUAAAACAGUUGCAUCUUGUCUUUUACAGUGGGGGAUUGAAAGGGUAUUCACUAUGACUGUUGAUAAUAUUAAUUCUAACAAUUAA